AGUAGUGAGGCUCCCUACUGCCAAAUGAGCAGCAGAGCCAAUCACCAGGCCGCGCGUGACACGUCUCUUGACGUUGCCAUGGUCACGGGGUCACUGGCGGCCUUGGUUGUCUGACAGGUGCGUGACAGUUGAAGUCUACAAUAUGUACGCGAAGGGGAAAGGUUCGACCGUCCCUUCGGAUGCUCAGGCACGUGAAAAUGUGUUCUGGGACCUGUACUGCGCCGCCCCUGAACGCAGGGACACGUGCGAGCACUCCAGCGAAGCGAAGGCGUUCCACGACUAUGGUUUCGUAAAUUCUGGCUACGGCGUCAAUGGAAUCGCACACCGAAUGUAUUGUUUGUCGUCUUUGCACGUGUGUAUUCCAGUUACUGUCGGAUUUUUUGGUAUACUUGUCUAUUUGUGUAAAUUAAUGUUUAAGAUUGGUUACAUUUAG